AUGAGAACUCGACGAGGAACUUCGUAUCCUGUGGUCAACAACAUGGCCGGUCGGAAGAGAAAUGAUCGGAGUGACGCCGGAGCUCAGAUAGCGAACAGCCGGAAAAGGCUGAGGUCGUCGUCGCCUAGGGCACCGGUGGCUGCUCGAUUUGAUUUCUUUGAUAAGCUACCAAACGACAUCGUUCUGUCCAUUCUUGCGAGAGUCGUCUACGACGCCACUUGUCCGGCCGAUUUCCUCGCCGUUUCAGCAACGUGCAAAAGAUUGAACGAUUUAGGGUUUGAUUCGUCUGUGUUAUCGAAAGCUUCACCGGAAACCUUUGCAGUAAAAGCUAAGAAGUGGUCGGAAUCUGCUCACCGGUUUCUGAAACGCUGCUCCGAUGCCGGAAAUGCUGAUGCUUCUUACACAUUGGGCAUGAUUGAAUUCUACUGCUUUCAAAACUGGUCAAGUGGCGCAUCGCUAAUGGCGAAGGCGGCGCUUGAUUAUCACGCUCCGGCGUUAUACUCACUCGCCGUCAUUCAGUUCAACGGUAGCGGUGGCGGAAAGAAGGAGAAGGACUUACGCACCGGCGUCUCAUUAUGUGCGCGUGCGGCUUAUCUUGGCCACAUUGACGCACUUCGGGAGCUGGGCCAUUGUCUUCAAGACGGUUACGGCGUUCGUCAGAAUAUCCCCAAGGGCCGCCGGAUUUUGGUUCAUGCUAACGGACGUGAACUAGAUGUCGUUCUUUCAAGAUACCCGUUGGCAGUAAAGUCCGGCGAGUGGUUGAAGUGGAACCCCCUCAACCUCUACCGCCCUGAAAACGCCAUGGUUGUAAGUUUUCCAUUACUGAGUGAUUUCGGAUGGAACGUACCACCUCUGGAAUCUCACCCGGCGAACCGUUUUCUUGCUGAAUGGUUCGCCGUUCAGAAUCCAUCUCCUCUGAUGCGGAUGUGUUCUCACGCUGGUUGCGGCCGACCGGAGACUAGGAUUCACGAGUUCCGGCGGUGUUCGGUGUGCGGCGUCGUGAACUACUGUUCCCGGGCAUGUCAAGCACUCGAUUGGAAAUUCCGUCACCGGAGGGAAUGUCGACCAAGGGCCAGAUUUAUGAACGCAAUUCCCGGCGGAGAUAAUGUGAACGUUGAUCGGGGAAAUCAAUAGCUGAAAAGAUUAGCGGUGGCCGGAGAUGAUAGAUGUGACGGAAACUGUGUCGGCGUGGAAAAUAGUCAAAAGCCAAAAGUUCCGUUUAGGGUAGUUCUGGUUAUCGGUCACAUUCCCGGUAGCCGGAAUCUGGUUUAGCAAUUAGUUGAAGGGUAGCAAUUUUGUAUUAAUGGCUGCUACUUCCUUUUUUAAAGCAAAUUAUUAUAUAUUAUAAAAAGGAAGUGUGGCUUAAAUAUUAAAUCAUAAAUACAUGAAAACAUUAAAAGUUUAUAGUCUUUUUAUG